GGCGCCGCGCCGCGGGGAACGGGCAUGGCGGAGGGGACGCGCUCGCUGCGCGGCGGCAGCAGCCCGGCCUCCAGCCCGGUGCUGGGCGGGCGGGGCCGCGCCGCGGUGGCGGCGGCGGCGGCGGCGGCGGGGGGGAGCAGCCCGCCGGGCCACGGCUUCCGCAGGGUGACCCUCACCAAGCCCACCUUCUGCCACUACUGCACCGACUUCAUCUGGGGGCUGGCCGGCUACCAGUGCGAGGUUUGUAACUUCAUGUCUCAUGAAAAGUGCCUCAAGAAUGUCAAGAUACCAUGCUCAUGUAUUGCUCCCAGCCUUGUAAGGGUUCCAGUUGCACACUGUUUUGGGCCUCCAGGACAUUACAAAAGAAAGUUUUGCACUGUGUGCAGAAAGUCACUAGAGUCACCUGCCUUUCGAUGUGAAGUUUGUGAGCUACAUGUGCACACAGACUGUGUCCUGUUUGCUUGCAGUGACUGCCGGCAGUGUCACCAGGACGGGCACCAGGACCACGAUACUUACCACCACCACUGGAGGGAGGGAAACCUUUCUUCCAGUGCUCGCUGCGAAGUUUGCAAAAAAACCUGUGGCUCUUCAGAGGUGCUCUCUGGCAUGAGAUGUGAAUGGUGUGGCAUCCUGGCUCAUGCGGCUUGCUACAUAAUUGUCACACCAGAAUGUACAUUUGGAAGAUUAAGGAAUAUGAUUCUUCCUCCGAGCUGUGUGCAGUUAUUUUCUCGCAACUUCAGCAAACUGCAUUGUUUUCGAAUAUCAGAAAACUUGCAAACAGAAUCAGAUGAAGAUGAUGAUGUUGAUGGGUCAACACAGGGAUCAGCAAAAGAUGUCCAAAUUUCAACAGAUUCAAGUAAACAAACGUUAAAGAUAUUUGAUGGGAACGAUGCAGUGAAACGCAAUCAAUUUCGACUGAUUUCAGUUCCAAGGAUUGCAAAAAACGAAGAAGUUGUGGAGGCUGCUUUGAGGGCAUACUACAUAAACGAUGACCAGCAGGAGUAUGAGCUUCAGACUUUUACGCAGCAGGCGCUGCUGUCUGAUGAUGUUAUCAACAGGAACGAUGCUGCACAGGACACCAACUUGGGCUCGGUAUUCCGAGAAUCUGUUCCUGAAGCUUGGAUCAUCAGAGCCAAACCAAAGGAGGAGGAAGUGAUCCGAAUUUAUCCUGCCUGGUUGAAGGUGGGAAUGGCGUAUGUUUCUCUACGAGUAAAUAAGGAUAGCACUACGCAGACUGUGAUCAAAGAAGUGCUUCCAUUACUUGGAAGGCAGAUGGAGUGCCUCCAGAAUUUCAAAUUGGUGGAAGUGCUUAUGGGCAGUAAGCAAGUUCAGCGCAUGGUCUUGGACAAUCAGGAACUGAUUCUCAACAGACUCAAGGACAUAAGAAAGACUUCAAUACGUCAGAUGAAUCAAACAAGAUUUUACAUUGUGGAAAACAGUAAAUCCAUUGUACGAGUGAAUUUAUUUGUUGGUGGCCUUCCACCUCAGCUUUCCUCUGAAGAAUACACAAAUAUUCUCAAGGACGAAUUAGCUAUCAAAACAAAUGUCGUAUCUGUGAGUCAUGUUUAUCAAGCACAAGGUGCUGUUGUACUCGAAAUUUCAUGCUUUUCUGAAGCUGAAAGAAUAUAUAUGCUAGUUAAAGAUACAACUGUCAAUGACAAGCCUCUGAAUGCUGUGGUGAUUCCUGAAGUUAUGGCUUCCAAGAUACCACGGAACUGCUGCCCACUUCUUGUAUUUGUGAAUCCAAAAAGUGGUGGUCUAAAAGGCCGGGAUCUGCUGUACAGUUUUAGAAAGCUGCUAAACCCACAUCAGGUCUUCGAGCUUACCAAUGGUGGCCCACUGCCUGGGUUUCACACGUUCUCUAAAGUCCCCUCCUUCCGAGUGCUGGUGUGCGGAGGGGAUGGCACCGUCGGCUGGGUGCUUGGUGCGCUGGAGGAGAUCAGGCACAAGCUGGUGUGCUCAGAGCCCUCGGUUGCCAUCUUACCUUUAGGAACAGGUAAUGACUUAGGGAGGGUCUUGCACUGGGGAGCUGGCUACAGUGGAGAGGAUCCCUACUCGAUUUUGGUUUCCGUGGAUGAGGCGGACGAUGUUCUUAUGGAUCGCUGGACUAUCCUUUUGGAUGCAGAAGAACCAGCUGAAGGCACAGAGAAUGGCAUUGCAGAACCUGAGCCUCCAAAGAUUGUACAGAUGAACAAUUACUGUGGUCUUGGCAUUGACGCAGAGUUGAGCUUGGACUUUCAUCAUGCUAGAGAAGAAGAACCAGGGAAAUUUAAUAGCAGGUUUCACAACAAAGGAGUUUACAUGAAAGUUGGGCUGCAGAAGAUAAGUCAUACUAGAAAUCUUCACAAAGACAUAAAGCUUCAAGUGGACCAGCAUGAGGUGGAGUUACCGAGCAUAGAAGGACUCAUUUUUAUUAAUAUACCCAGCUGGGGGUCCGGAGCCGAUCUCUGGGGGUCUGAGAGCGAUAACCGCUUCGAGAAACCACGUAUCGAUGAUGGCCUGCUGGAAGUUGUUGGUGUGACUGGCGUCAUGCACAUGGGUCAAGUCCAAGGUGGUUUUCGAUCAGGAAUCCGCAUAGCCCAAGGCUCGUAUUUUCGUGUAACACUCCUAAAGCCAAUUCCAGUUCAAGUUGAUGGAGAACCCUGGAUUCAGGCCCCUGGCCAGAUUAUUAUUUCUGCUGCAGGACCAAAGGUCCAUAUGUUGAAAAAAUCCAAGCAGAAACAGAAGAAAACUGCAAGCCUGAAAGAAAUGAGAGUGUAUAGUAUGUCAGCCUCUGAAGGAGGACGCUAAGUGGAGACCCGUGCUCCGAAGCGAUGCAGCACACCUACUGCAGAUGCCAAGACGGUUCAGUAAAAUCGAGCGCAGACAACCAGUGAAGAGGGUUGCUUAUGAGUGUGCCUUUCAUUACAUUUUGAUAUUACUGGGUUCUCCUUCAUCUCUCAGAGAUAGUGCCUCAUUGUUAAAAAUAACUGUUAUGUACCACUUGUCUCAUCUGAAAUGUUUGCUUCGGGUUGCUUUUCCGUAAGCCGUUUUUCAUGUAUAUAGAAACUGAGGCCAAACAGAAAUGCCAAACAGAAAUGCCAAGAUGCUGAGAUUUCUGCAUCUACCUUCACAAAGACUCUUCUCCUCCUCCCAGCUUUUUCUUAAAGAAAAUCAUUCCAUAGAUAAAUUCUGGUGCAUUGUUCCAAAAAUGAAAAUGUGUUCCUUUAAAUGAAUGCUCACAGGAGCCUCCCAACCAAAAAAAGGCAGAGACAUGAGCUGCUGAGAACUCCUUGGAUCGGUCCAAAUAGCACAGCUGAAACAGUACUACCGUAAAGAGAAAAAUACAAAACACAGGAGAGAUUAUUUCUAUAAAAGGAGCCCUGUGCACUGGGAAGAGAGAAAGUACUAGAACAGUUGAGUCAAAAUAUUUCAGAGAGUUUACUUCAGUAUUUGGGCAGUGUGAAUGAAGGGGAAACGGCUUGUGGAGCAAGUUUUCAGUUGCAGCUUAGUUUCCCUUAUAUUAUUCAGACAAAGCCUGUUUUAAAAGGUGUUUGAAUUUCAGCAGCUACCACUCUAAUGUAAAAAAGGAACAAGAAUACCUGAGGCGGUAUUAUUAUUAUAUGCAUUUUUUUUUCUAUCGUUGAAACCGUUAUCUUUGACACCAGACUUUUCUGCUUGUCUUUACUUGUGCUGUUUCGUUUUCAUUAAUUUGUCACAGUUGGACUGAUGUUUAACAGCAAGCUCAAAGACUAAAAGAAUUACCACUAAUUAGGAUAAAAGAAGUACCAUUUAGUGUUCUCUUAUGUAAAUUAGCUCAGUCAUACAUUAGAGCUGAACUGAAGUCCAGUGUAGCCUUGCUGAGGAGCUGUAGGAGGUAUUGAAGCCUGUAUAGUGUGCACGUAACAUCUGGUAGGCUUCAAAUGGCUGGGAGUGCAAUAGUUGUCAUGAAAACUCACCUGGUCGGCCUGCUCAAGUCCUUGGUGGAUGUUGUAUCAGGUGUGGGCCCAGGGACACACAGUGACUGUCUUUUCUCACUUGGACGAGCUCUUCAGAGGCUGGUCCUCUGUCAGCUCCUGUGAGACCAAGAUCACCUCUCUGUGCUUAGCCAUCUCCUGAAGAAGUGGGUACCCAGUACUUCUUUUAUAGCUUCCUUUUAGAGACUGGCGCUAGAGCAGACAUGCUGGUCCUGUCAUACGCUACAUAUAUCUGCAGUCUGUAGCCGUAGUCGUGUUAGUCUUUACUCAAAUCUCUGCUGGCCUCAUGUCGCUGUGGUCCUCGAGUGAGUGAACCUUUCACUUCAGGUCAACAUCAUACUCAAGGGGCCCUCUGAGUCCCUUCGCUGGCCAGCGGGCUUACGUGUCCUCUAUUGCACGGUAGUAACUGAUUCAGCUAUGGAUGGCAUGAAUUCAUCACUCAAGUGGCAGCUUGCCAGUGUGUCUAUACAAAAACACCUCCAGCUGCUUCAGGGGACUUCAGUGUAGCUUUGAAAUACGCAAAAGCUGUUUUUUUGUUGGAGCCCAGUAUGUGCUGAGGCAGUUCAUGCUGGGUCUUCUUGAUAAGUCUGUACUUGAGGCACUGUGCCAGCUUCAGCAACAUCAUUACCUGUGCUUUCUACUUUCCAGUCACGGUGCAGAUGAGGGUGUGAAGGUGGGUGCUACAGGACAGUCAUCUAGAGCAACAGAAUGAUACAGCUAACGCUAUAAACAGACAAAACAGCUAUGCAAAAAUGGCAGCUGCCUGCAGCCUCUCCUUCCUGUCCAGUGAUUCCUUCUGUUCCUAGUGUUCUGGUACGGAUGCAUUUGGAGGACUGACUCCUGUUUUCAGUGAGGCCUGCUAUUAAUUAAAUUGUUAACUUAAUUUUAGGGGUGUUCUUGAGGUACCACCACAUGGACUACAGCUUAUCUUUUUAUUCAACAAGCAAAGUGAACUCAUGCCGUGAAGGAGGUAGCUAAAAUCCUCGUCUCCUGAUCCUGAAACACAGGGUUGUCUCUGCUUCAGAACCUGGGUCUGAAGGGUCACACGGAGCUCUUCUGGUGUCCUGCCACCAGCACUAGAAGUAAGAAGGGUAAAGUGUUGUAUUUCAAGUUAUGCCCUCUCAGGACGAAGCUCACAAAUUAGAGAGCAAAUCUGAAAUAGAUUGCUGCUUUUAAUUGUCGAGAACGCCAGAGAAACUGCUUUGUGUCCUCAGGGCAGCAGAAAGAAUGCAAGGUCGUCUUUCCAAUUGCUGACUCAGUAACAGAGAGGAAAACUUUACCUUUUGUUACAGAAACCACGCGUAAGCUUUAAGCUUGCUGGUGCUGACCAUCUUCUGCAGCCCAAGUAAAUAAACCUGUCUGGCUGUUGCUACAGACAUAUAUAAUCCUGCAGCAUGCAGCUGACAGUGUUUCAUGUUCUUGGCUUGUUAGUGGCUUGGCUGGCAGUCCCUGUUGCUUAUUUAGUAUCUGUUAUCUGAAACAACAUGAAGCUCGGGUCCCAGUAUUUGUAAUCAGAGGGCCCCUUGCUGUGGCAUAUCCUUCCAUGGGGAUUUUUCAUCCCUGAAGCAGUGCAGGAGCCUGUCUCGGGGUAGCUUUGUGGAAGCAAGGCGACGCAGAAAUGUGAACGUGUUCUCCUUGCAGCUGCCAGAGGGGAUCCUGGUGGAGGACAGGAAGACUUUGAGUUUUCUUUUUUCUUUCCCCUUUUCUUUUCUUCCAGAAACCAGCUCCCAUGUGUUGUUUGAGCCGGUGAGUGCCACACUGGAAUGAAAACGUAUCUUAAGUAAAACACACUUGGCAUCUAAGGUCUCUGUGCAUCAUAUAAUGAGGCUCAGUGUGUUUGGAGACAAAAUAGAUUCCUGGACAGCUGAGAUAGGGAAGCUCCUGUAAAGCUUUUAAAAGGAGAAACUUACUAUUUAACCCCUCUAUUAAAAUGUUGCAGUUUCAGGUACUGUAAAGGCCAGUAUAUCAAGAUGUUUUGGGUUUUUUUUCCGAGAUUUUCAUUACACAGAGUAUCUGAGAAGGCCUAGUGUUUUCUUCCAUAGUAUGUAAGACUUCCUUGAAGAGAGGAGAUAACUCUGCAGUGAAUACAAAACAUUUUAACUUAGCCUUUACGUUGAACAAAAUGAUGCAGUGUAACUUACAUGAUAGCGGGCAGAAAAAUUGUUCUCAGCACUCAGUCUUCAAGUAACAUUGUGUGAGAACCUCAUGCUCGCACGGACAAGUGCUUUAAAUAAUGCAAUAACAAAAGUGUUGGGGAAGAGGCUGGGUUCUUUCGAGACAGCUGUUCGUCAACAUCAGGGACACAGGGCCAGGAACCAUAAUCCAUAGACAGGGAGGAGAUGCAGGCUCGUUGCUCUCCUCAGCGCACUCCUCCAUCCUCUCUCCACGCCCCUGCCUUUUUGCCGUGCCUGUGGCCCGUGGCAGGCACCAGCAGGACAGCACAGCCAGCAUCCCUCCUGCUGAGCUACGCGCUCCUGACCUUUUGCUUUUGCUGGCGUCCAGCUAGGCUUUGCCAGCGUGGGGGAGAAGAAGGGUCCUGAAAAUCACAGUGCAUUUCAAAUACCCCGCUACUGCAGGCAAGAGAAGGUGGUCAGUUGAUUAAAAUCCAUUUCGAUGGGUGAACACAUUACCUCUGUCUUAAAUUAGGGUAGGGGAACCGAAAUUCAAAAGCUCAUCCCUGAGAUACAGGUGCUACUUCAGAAAAGUUGCUGCUUUUUCCCCAUGGCUUUUACGCUUGAUUUGUACCGUUUAAAUUGCUGAUGUUUUCAUUGUGUUGAUUUUUAAAUGAAACAGUGUUAUUUUGCCAAAAUGAUUUGUUUGUUUAUAUAUGUGUAUACAUGUGUGUGUGUAUGUGUAUGCAUACAUACACACACCCCCUUUUAAAAAUAGGCCUUACUAUAUUUCCUUUCACAGUGCCUACUUGUACAGCUUUUGCUGUGUUAUAUCAUUUGGAUAGCGCUCAUUUCUGGAUCUUUCUCUCACCAGUUUUGGACAGGAGGCAGAGCUUGCUUUCUUACUGGUCCCACUGAGGUUCCCAGCACAUGCUCCUGGUGGACAUGUGCUUUCUGACAAGACACGAUGGCAAUAUAGUGAAAGCACAACUGUGUUUAGAGUCUCUGCGUGUGUACAGUUUGAGCUCCUCUUGCGCUUUCUGGAUUUUCAUCGAGUCUCUGUGUGUCUAAAAUCAAUGGCAAUGGCUAUUGCAGCAUUCUAAAAACUAGAAGAAGCUGUAGCACAGUCCGCUGCAAGACUUGAAUAAGGAACAAAACUAAAUGAGCUGUUAGAUAGAAUUGUCCAUUAAUCUUCAUAGUUACCCUCUUAAAAGUGUUGUACAGAUAGCAUUUAUUCAAAGAGGAAGUAACGUACUUGUUAUGAAUAUCAGCCCUUUGGAAUCACUAAGCAUUUACGCAUGCACAUUACUUUACAGCAGUCUGUUGGUACAUAAAGGUGUCAUCGAAUGAAGCCUCAUUUUGUGGGAGGAGAAGGUAUGAGGAGCUGUUGAGAUGCUGGGAAAGGACUUAAUGUUGAAGACACAACAGGUUUAGCUGCCUAGGUGUUUUAUAACGUACCGUGCCCCGUGCUGCACAGGCGCCGGUCCGUACUCCAGCACUGGAACUGGGGGAGCGUUGGAGCUGUGCGCUCCAGAGACCUGGCAGUAGAUGUUCUUUCCGCCUGCCCCUCUCACCUCCUCCGUACAACCUUCAUAGUAUCUGUGCAUUUUCCUCUUGUGCUGGGUGCCUCCCUGGCCUUUGGGCCCAGCUUUAUACUGAAACUGGUAACAAAGGCACCAGUCGGUGGCGGUGAAUCUGUGCGGAGAGCGGUGGAACAGAGACCCUGCUCUAAAACGCCACUCUGGCUGUCGGGCUUAGACUGGUCAUUAAUUUCUGCUUACUUCAGCCAUUUAACAUCUGUGCAGCAAAGACUCGGCAUCUACUGAACUGGCUUGGACUCAGGGUGACAGCGUUGCCUUGUUUUCAGGCCUUGAUCUUGUAUGCGCCAGGGCAUGUAUCACUUCAUAUACUUUUUGCACUUAACAGAAAAUGCAGGUUAGAUAGGCUUAGAGUGUGGCAAAAUUGCAAUGUUUGUACUUUUUUGUAAAUAAUGGGGAUGAUUCUACAGAUACAAAGAUGCACUUUCAGGUAACAAUGAAAACAAGUUUGUUGUAGAAUGCAGCUGCUGAGUUUCUCUGACUGCAGCGUUCCUUUUUCCCCAUCCAUCUAUAAUACUGCGUUCUUGAAAGCCUGCUUGGGGAUAAGAGAUGGUGUCUGCCUACCAUCGCAGCAUGUAUUUAUAGCUGACUGACUGAAAGUUCACAUGUAUUUUCUAACAAUUACAAAUUGGCUGCUAUUCUAAGAUGUAGGUUUAUUAGACAGAUGUUACAAUGCGUAGAAGUAAUGGUAAAGCUUUAUUUAUAGUGUCAGCGUUUACUGAUUUGACACUUGGCUUAGUAGGAGAGAUCCAGCUCAAAGCCUUCAUUCCUUUUGCUAUUUAAUGUAAUUUUUUUUAACAGUGUAGCCAUUGUAUGUGUAGAAUACAGUGAAAUGAAUGCAAAUUACUAAUCUUAACGCGCAGUGAGACCAGCAGUUUCAAUGUUUACAGGACAGUGACUAUUGAUUGUAAACCCAUACGUGUUGGCUGAAACAGUGCGCUCUUUCUGUGUUUUGGAAGCAUUGUUUCUGCUUCCCAUGACAAUUAAUGAAAUAGUUGCCUUCUGGUUUAGGUUCCUGGUUAUGUCCCUUUGGCAAGAUUUAAAUGUGGAUUAUGACUUUUCAGCCAUGGACUUGUAGGACAGAAUUUCUGCCGAUACAAGUGUUGUAUUGAACAUGUUUUCCGAAAGAGUCGCUUUAUUUUUUGUGAAGAUAAUUUAUGAGAAAGUUUUAUAA